AAUAUGUCGAGGGAAUCGAUAAUCCUCCUCUCGUUUCUGAGCCUGUUUUCUUACAACGAAGCAGGCGGACAACCUCCCGGCGGUGGAGGAGCCGUGUUCAACGUAAUGGACUUCGGCGCAACACACAGCAAGGAGGACGAGAGCUCGCAGGCCUUCAUCCAGGCCUGGAAUGCUGCGUGCCAUUCCCAAGGGAAAGCCACGAUGUUAGUCCCGCCCGGGUUUUUUCUACUAGGCGAGACCGUGUUCCAGGGGCCGUGUCAAAAUCCCGUCACGAUUCUGGUUCAGGGAACGCUGCAAGCCGUUGCUGACAUGUCCCUAUACUCUGGUGAAGGAUGGAUUUCGCUCGAAGAUAUCGACGGCCUGACCCUGACCGGCGGAGGGACCUUCGACGGCCAAGGACAGGCCGUCUGGAAAUAUAACGACUGCCAGGGCAGUUCGUCGAGCUGCGCUCGAUUACCUGCUAGCAUACACAUGAUGAAAGUGAACCGGACGAUGAUUCAGCAGGUGAACAUGGUAAACAGUAUGGGAUUCCACAUGCACAUUACGCGUUGCGAAGAAGUUCGAAUACAAAAACUCGCAGUCACGGCCCCGGGAGAUAGCCCCAACACCGACGGCAUCCAUAUUAGCAAAUCCAGAGCUGUUAAAGUGUCUAUGAGCGUGUUUAGAACCGGGGACGAUUGUAUAUCCGUCGGCCAAGGGGCCAACAAUGUCACUAUCAACCAGAUCACUUGUGGCCCCGGACAUGGAAUCAGUGUGGGAAGCCUCGGAAGGCUACCGAACGAAUUGGACGUGAGAGGCCUGCAGGUGAAGAACUGCACCUUGGUCGGGACAACUAACGGUCUCCGAAUCAAGACAUAUCCUGCGUCGGGACCGAGCGCAGCUGCGGGUAUUUUGUUCGAGGACAUCGUUCUAGAGAAUGUGGAGAACCCGAUAAUCAUCGAUCAAAACUACGGCUCGAAGUCAACUGAGGUAUGUAUGUAUCUCGAUUCCUAGG